AUGGAAGCAGAAAUUGCAGCAUUACAAUUAAACCUCACUUGGGAUGUGGUAGAUUUACCUACAGGGAAGAAAGCCUUACCUUGUAAAUGGGUAUACAAGGUAAAAUAUCACUCAGAUGGGCCUGUGGAAAGAUUGAAAGCUAGGUUAACAGUCAGGGGGGACAUUCAAAGGGAAGGAAUUGAUUAUUUUGAAACAUUUUCACCUGUGGUGAAGAUGACAACCAUCAGGUGUCUUUUAACUGUGGCUGUGAAGAAAGGUUGGGAAGUGUCACAACUUGAUGUGAAUAAUGCAUUCCUACAUGGAGAGUUGCAGGAAGAGGUUUACAUGAAAUUUCCUGCGGGUGUCUCUCCACCUAAACCAAAUCAGGUCUGUUUGCUGAAGAAAUCUCUCUAUGGGCUAAAACAAGCCUCCAGGCAAUGGUAUGCCAGACUUGCCGGUGCUUUGAGUUUUAAGGGUUAUUCUAGCUCGCUCAAUGACUAUUCUCUGUUCUACAAAGUGAAUGGUGACCUUGUUUCUAUCCUAGCAGUAUAUGUGGAUGACAUCCUACUCACAGGGGAUGAUGCUACAGAAAUAGAACAUAUUACUGAUUUUCUUCAUUCAGAAUUUAAGGUGAAACACUUAGGUAAUAUUCACUAUUUUCUGGGCAUGGAAAUACUCAGAGAAAAACAGGGGUUCAUCAUCAGUCAAAGGAAAUUUACCUUGGAAUUACUGCAGGAGUUCAAUUGUACAGGAACUCGGAUCUCUUCACCACUGGACCCUUCCACUAAGCUUCAGGCAGAUUUGGGACCUCCUUUGGAUGACCCAACCCUUUAUUGCCAUUUAGUUGGUAAACUCAACUAUCUGACGAAUACUAGACCCGACCUCUCUUUUGCUGUUCUAUCUCUGAGCCAAUACAUGCAAAAACCUUGUCUUUCUCAUCUUUCUGCUGCUCAACGUGUCUUAAGAUAUCUUCGCACAGAUCCCUCACAAGGCAUUCUAUUAUCUUCCCAUCCCUCUUUUGAUUUAAUGGCCUUUUGCAAUGCUGAUUGGGCAGCCUGUCGUGUUUCUCGUCGUUCAGUGAGUGGAUUUUUCAUUACCCUUGGAGGUGCACCCAUUUCCUGGAAAUCCAAGAAACAAGCCUCCAUCUCUAUGUCAUCUGCCGAAGCUGAAUAUCGUUCAAUGCGUCGAGUCACGACAGAAAUUACUUGGCUUGUUCGUCUUUUGGCAGAUCUCACAAUACAUCCUACAUUGCCCGUGCCUCUUUACUCUGACAGUCAAGCUGCGAUUCACAUAGCUCGGAACCCCGUCUUUCAUGAAUGA